CGGGGUCAUUCAACCUCUCCGCCAUUUUGACUCGUAUAGCUCGACCAUCUAACUUUGACUCAAGCCUUGAGUUUGAUUUUUAAAGGAGUCAUAAUAAGCUAAUGGUAAUUCAACGUCGUUUAGUCCGUUUUUCUACAAAGUGAGGAUCAAAAUUGAGUCUUGAAACCACUUGUUAAGAGUCAGGACCAAGUCACCAGAGGAAGGACUCCUUUCUGACCACGGGACCAGUCGAGUCUACCAGGCCGACCGCCUGACGUCCAGUUCGCAUGAAGAGCCUGUCUGGAGAACCAAGCUCCAGAGAUGGCCUUCCACAGCUGACUUCAACCACUCCUGGUACCCACACGGCAGAACACAAAGGAAAGCUCUCAGUGCUGGAUCCUCACUUCUUACAAGAAGAUUUUAUUUUGUUUAUGAGCUGAAGAACUGGACUGAUGCUCAGACUUACUGCAGACAGAAAUACACAGACCUGGUGACCAUAGAGGACAUGGAGGACGUGGACGUCCUGAACAACAUGAAGGACAUGAACAGAAUGGUCUACCCAUUAUACAGCUAUGUCCAGACGUGAGGUUUGUCUUCAUAAACACCUUAAUGAACUGGACCCAGGCUCAGAGCUUCUGCAGAGACCACCACACAGACCUGGUCAGUGUGAGGAACCAGGCAGAGAACCAGAWKGUGAUGARCCUGGUCCCAGCAGAUCAAGUAGCCUGGAUCGGUCUUUACAGAGACACCUGGAAGUGGUCUGAUGGAAGCAACUCCUCCUUUAUGUUCUGGAGAAGUGUAGAACCCAACAACAAUUGGAAGAAUGAGUCCUGUGCAGCAGCAUACUUUGAAGUUUCUGGAAGAUGGGAGGACUGGGCCUGUGAUUUAAAAAGAGCUUUUAUUUGCUACGAUGUUCCUGUUUUAAAGCAGGUGGUGAAGCUGAAGCUGCUGAAAGCCUCCUCUGUGGACCUGAACGACCCGGCUGUGCUGCAGAACCUGCUGAAACAGGUAAACAGCUUCUUUAGGACUUGAUGGAAACAUGAAGGUGAAAACUUGUCAGAUCCUGGGAGGAGUUCAGCU